AUGGCCGUACCGACUGUACUGCCAACAGAGGCUACACCGCUCGACUUCGGGCACAAGAGGAAGCACGGCGAAGUAAUAGAUUUAACCGAGGACGACGACGUCGCCACUGCCAACCAACAGGCCACCGCCAAGCAUCCAGAUAACCUCCAAGAAACCGAGUCGCAACAGACAUACACGACUGCGAGCGAGAAUGGCACCCAUGGCCUCACCAAAGAGCGCAAAUCCGCCCUCCGCGCGCUCCUCCGCGACGUCGGUCCAGAGAAGUUCAUCGAAGACACGCUAGGAAACCAGAGCAUGUCUAUGCGUCAGCUCGGCUUGGUUUUUAACCUGAAUCCCGCGUGGCUGGCAGGAGACGACGAUACCUACUUCACUCUCCUGGGACUGGCCAUCACCCGUGCCUACUACAAGCGACGCAAACUGGAACAGUACAACAGCAUCGAUGACGCUGCCCAACUCCUUCGCCGAAGUCGCAACAUCAUGGUCAUCACUGGAGCGGGUAUCUCAACAUCCCUCGGCAUCCCCGAUUUCCGCUCCAAAGGCACCGGCUUCUACGACAAGGUCCGUGAGAAGGGUUUCGAGGAUGCUGAAGAAGUCUUUGAGAUCAACAACUUCGACUACGAUCCCGGCAAAUUCUUCUCCCUCGCCCGCGACAUCCUGCCGAACCUCCAGCGCGUGUCGCCCACGCAUGCCUUCAUUCGUCUCUUACAAGACAAAGACCGCUUACAGACAAACUACACGCAGAAUAUUGACAACCUCGAGGCGCUCGCGGGGAUCGAUGAGAACCGUCUGAUACAGUGCCACGGCAGCUUCGCCACUGCGACAUGCCGGAAGUGCAAAUUCAAAGUCAAGGGCACCGAGAUCUUCGACGAUAUCCGGGCAGAGCGAAUCGCGAGAUGCAAGCGAUGCGCACAGGAAAUCGAACGAAAGAAGGACGCCCCUCCACCACUGAAGCGGAACAAGUCAGCCAGUCGAAAUCGCUACUCCGACGACGACGAAGAUGAAGACGACGAUAUUCCCGAGCCGGGCGUGAUGAAGCCAGACAUCACCUUCUUCGGCGAAGCACUCCCAACCACAUUCUUCGACCGCUUCACGCAACGAGACGCCCAGCAGACGGACCUUGUCAUCGUCAUCGGAACCUCACUCAAAGUCGCCCCUGUGAGCGAAAUGCCAAACUACCUCCCCCAUCCGAUCCCGCACAUAUACAUCUCCAAGGAACCGAUUGCACACGUCAAUUUCGAUAUCCAGCUUCUGGGUAAUUGUGAUGAUGUCGUGUUCGAAUUGGCCCGCCGCGCGGGAUGGGAUCUCAAGCAUGAGAUGAUACCGGUUGGACUGACAGUCGAUGUAUCGCCAGUAGCCGACACGAGCCACUAUUGGCGCCUCACGCGUAGGGAGCGUGAGAUUGCCGCGACAGACUCUGAAGCAAGCGACGACGAUGAUGACGAUGACGAUGACGACGAGGAUGACGAGAGGACGGAGGUACCCCUCCGACAAGGCCCUCCGAAUGUCGACAUCCCCGGCAUUCCCGUCCCCUUCGAGGAGGAAGUAUAG